CAGUCGGGAUCGUCGGUGUGAUGUGGCGGUGUCGGCACGCGACAGAAGUGCGGCGCCCGCGACGCCCCCGCUUCCCCCACGGGUGUGCGCGGCGCGUCGCCCGCCGCCGAUUCCCGCUUCUCUCGCGCGCGCACGAUUAGAGCGCGGCGCCCAGCGAGAGUCGGCACGCGGUCGACACUCGCCAGUCGGCAGGCAGACGCGAACAGGAGCGGCAGGAGCACACGAGAGACGCAGCGGCUGCAUAACACACGACGGAGUCGCCUUCCGAAGACGAGCACGCGUCGAGUGACGAUCUCGCGACGCUCUACUACCGCCACCUCGCACGCACACACCGGCGCCUCGUACGCACUCUCGCCGGGGGCGAUGUUGCGAUGACCGCCAAGACCGGCAAGCACCAUAGACACGUCGAACCACGUCGCGCCAACAAACCCCUCAUGGAGAAGAGACGCCGCGCCCGCAUCAACCAGAGCCUCGCCGCGCUGAAGACGCUCAUCCUCGACACCGCCAAAGCAGACAACACCAAACACUCCAAGCUUGAAAAAGCUGAUAUACUCGAGCUGACCGUGAGACACUUCCAGCGCCAUCGCAGCUUAGACACCGUCGGCGUGCAUCAUUACCGCGCUGGUUACGCUGAUUGCGUCAAAGAAGUCCAAAGAUAUCUGGAGACACCGGAUGCGCAGACGAUGAUGGUCAUGGAAAGCGGUGUACGCCAAAGACUUUUACGCCACUUGGAGAAUUGCAUCUCGGAAGUGGAUACUGACCUUAAGCAGGCUGCGCACUUGGCACCACGCGCACCUUCGGCUGUUGAAGAACGUCUACAACUUCCUGCUGAUUCCAGCACACCGCAUCAUGAAGAAGUUAAUAACAACGCGCAUCUUGCUGGUUUAACUGGAGGACUUGGUAGUUUACCAAUACCAUUGGAGGGAUUGGUCCCACCGACAGAGUUACCAUCGAAAAUGGUCAAAACCUACGACGGGAAUUUUGUUUUUGUGCUACCAUCGCACUAUCUGCAAUUAGCGACUGCGCUUGGUAUCAACCUGCGGCCGCAGCCGAUGGAGGACGUACCGCUGCACGCUUUAGCGAGUUGUUCGCCACCGCUGGCGGAAAAACCACUCGACUAUAGCCGACUGCCACUUCCGACGCGCCAUAGCGUGGAGGUGGUGGAUGAGGUGAACAUCGAUGUCGACGAGCACGAGCCGACACCGCAGGCAGCGAGACAGCGAGACGACAGUGGUCACUCGAGCAGUGGGCACUCCAAUCACCGCGACGAUGAUCAGGAGAGCAUGUGGCGGCCUUGGUAAUACCACAGACAAUGAACGCGCGUACCAUUACCAAAGCCGGGAAUCAUACCAAAAAAUAAUUAUAGGGUUCUAUCUUUUAUGUACAUACGUAUUGUAUAUAGCUGUGGAUAUUUCACGAUCAACUUGCAUUCGUAGUUUGCGUCGUGCUGCAUUCGGAUUCUGAUUGUAUUAUAUUAUUACUAGCAUGUUAUUACUUAUUGCUCUGUACAUAUAAAUUUGAUCUCAAGUUUUAAUAAAAAUAUAAAUACUAAA